AUGUCAACAUUACCAACUUUAUCUCAUAAAAUCAGUGUUGAAGUUGGAGUUCCUGGAGAUCAUCAAAAUCGUUUUUAUUUGUACUUCGAAAAACCAGUUAAUGACAAAAUAUCAUCAAUAGAAUUCAUUGAAAGUGAAUUUACCAUCGCUACAAGGGACGAAAGCUUCAAUUUUGCGUUAGAUAAAAUUAUUAUUGACGAUACAGUUCCCAUUGAAAUAGAUACAUCCAAAUUCACAUUUAAAGGGACAAAAUACAUUAAGUUACCUAUUUCACUUUGCGAUCGAAUCAAUAUUGAAGAAAUUUUGAAUGUGAAAUUGACUUUUCCUAUGGAUGGCAUUGAUAAUGUUGAUCUAUACUCCAAUAAAAUCACAUUGGAACUCAGUUCUGAAGCUAAAAGAUCGUUUUCGACCAAAGUUUCUAAUAUUUCAUUUGCAUUUCCAAGAUCUAGAGAUUCCGUAAAUAUAUAUCGAAAAGACAAAGAAGUAACUCCAUUAUACAUUGCAGAUACUGUUCCUCAUCUUAAAUUUAAUUCUGAUUGGGAUAAUUAUAAAGGAUACGCAGUUUAUGCGGGUAUUCCUGGCGACACUGUAAUUGUUGAAGCAAAUACAAGCUAUUUACCUAUCAAAUUAUUGUAUUCAUGCAAAUUAUUGUUAUAUGGCCAUAAUGUUUCAUACACUACUAUAUAUCUCCCAGCGCAGCCCAUAUCUGAACUCGAAAUAAAUAUAUUAUCCAUUUACAAGAUUAAUUUAAUCAUUGAUAAUCCAAUUUUUGAACAAGAUAUCCUCAUUCAAUGCCCACUUAAAGGAUUUCCAUCAGGAUCUAACGUGUUCAUUAAUAAUGCAGUUGUCGAUGGAAUAACUGCAACCUUUUCUGGAGUUUUGAUUAACGGAACUUUGUCAGCAACGCCUGGUUCAUUCAUUGAUCUGUCAAAUUCCGAAAUAUCUACAGACGCAGUAAUCAAUUUGAGCAUUACUGUUGGCUUUACUUCAAGUGUCAUAAAUCUUUCUGAUACAAUUGGCUUUGACGUGCUAAAUGUUCAUUGGAACAUAUCCGAUCCACUUCUUUAUGCUCCUUAUACAUCUCAUGAACCUAUAUUGCACGCAAAUUCAAAAAUUUCAAAAGAUAUUUGGGUAAACUUUUACCCAGAAAGCAUGAAGCUCAUAAAUGGAAUCGUUAAGCCUACAGCAUCAUAUAACGAUAAGGAUUUAUAUGCUUCUUUCGAUGCCGCCGCUUUCAGUCACAAAAAAUUAAAUUCGGCCCAAGUUUUAGCUAUCAUCACAGCCGCCGUCACAGCAUCUAUAUUUUUGGUUCUUAUUGUAUAUACAUUCGUCAGUACAAGGAAGAGAGAACAACAUGGCUACGAAAGAUAUCUUAUUUAA